AACGACACAUCCACUCCACAGGUUAUUAAGCUUGUCUACCAAGAGUAGCGAGCAUAUUGCGUGUUUGCUACAUACCCUGCUAUAACUUGUUGAAUCGCGAUCACAAGUAGUGGUCCUUUACUAUCGGCAAUAUGAGACCCAUUCUUCUUCAAGGCCAUGAACGGUCUAUCAAUCAAAUAAAAUUCAACCGUGAUGGCGACCUCCUUUUCUCAGUCGCAAAAGACAAGAUUCUCUGCUCCUGGUUCUCCGCAAAUGGUGAACGACUAGGCACCUACCACGGACACCAGGGUGCCCUGUGGACUGUCGAUGUUACCCCAAACAGCCUUCUUGUCGCUACUGGCGCUGCAGACAAUACCAUCAGACUUUGGAAUACGAAGACCGGCGAGUGCGUCAAGGUGUGGGAUUUCCCCACGGCCGUCAAGCGGGUGGAGUUCAGCCAUGAUGGCAAGCGGUUAUUGGGUGUAACUGAGAAGCGGAUGGGAUACCUGGCUACAAUUGUGGUAUUUGAUAUACGGUACGGUGAUGGGGAGGGAAAUGGUUUAGAAGAUCAACCCGAAGAGCCUUCUUUGAAAAUCACAUGCGAAGAGAGCAAGGCGACGGUUGCUGGGUGGAGUUUCCUGUCGAAAUAUAUCAUUGCUGGACAUGAGGAUGGCAGUGUCAGCCAAUACGAUGCCAAGACCGGAGAGCAGCUUGAGAACGUCCAGGCUCAUGAAUUCGAUUACCAAAUCAACGACAUCCAAUUCUCCCCUGACCGAACAUACUUCAUCACCGCAUGCAAAGACAAGAGUGCCAAGAUAAUUUCCUCCCGAAACCUCGCCAUUCUUAAAACUUACGUAGCAGACACCCCCCUCAAUACCGCAGCCAUCACGACCAAGAAAGACUUUGUAAUUCUGGGCGGUGGUCAAGCAGCCAUGGACGUCACCACCACCGAUGCCCGACAAGGAAAGUUCGAAGCCCGCUUCUACCACAAGAUCUUUGAGGACGAGAUUGGCCGUGUCAAGGGCCACUUCGGUCCUCUGAACACGAUCGCCGCGCACCCACUGGGCACUGGCUAUGCCUCUGGAGGAGAGGAUGGAUACGUGCGUGUUCACCAUUUUGAUAAACCGUAUUUUGAUUUCAAGUACGAGGUCGAACGGGAGCAGAUGCGGAGAUGAAGUGCGGUGGCAGAGGAGCUUUAACACCGUUGUGGUUUCUGUCGAUAUGGAGGGGAAAUGUUGGGAUUGGUUUUUGUUAAUUUCUUUCCUCAUUUCAUUUUAUGUUUUCUCUCCGCCUUCUAUUUUCCAGCCCCUCCCCCUCCUCCACCUUUUUAAGUGAUAGCCUCUGAUUUCCUUUAUUUCGCAUCUCUUUCUCGUAACGUUAUCCUAACGCUGCCACAUGGAUGUCUAUCGUUUUCCUUACUUUUUCCUUUGCCGCAUAAAAUGGGUUUGCCGGUUUCUAGUUCUUCCGAUUGUUAAAGGGGUUGUUUGGAAAGCUUCAUGUUUUUUUUUUGCUCCAAAAUAAUAGAACACGCUCUUCGAUGUUAUUCUCCAAC